AUGGCUGCCAAUUACUGGGAGUCAAGUCAACGAAAACACUGGCAAUUCACACGAGAACAAUUGGAGGAUUUACGAUCCAAGCUUGAGGAUGAAGACCAAGCCCUCGUACAGGCGUAUCCUCUGCCACAACUGAGGCACCUGAGCAUAUAUUUUAACCAACAAAUGACUCGACUUGGGAAACGCCUUGGUGUACGACAACAAGCAAUGGCUACGGCACAAUUAUACAUUCGCCGAUUUUACUCGAAGGUCGAAAUUCGGAAAACGAAUCCGUACUUGGUUCUAGCAACAGCAGUAUAUUUGGCCUGCAAGAUGGAAGAAUGUCCACAUCAUAUCAGACUUGUGGUUAGUGAAGGUAGAGGGCUAUGGCCUGGUAUGUUCUCCAGUAAUUUCAAUAGUGGAUAUUACGAUCAACGAAAUUGGCUGACGAUAGUAGAAUAUUUCAGCAAUGAUACUUCGCGACUCGGAGAAUGCGAAUUCUUCCUCAUCUCCGAGAUGAGUUCACAAAUGAUAGUUCAUCAUCCUUACAGGAGUCUGACUGCUCUUCAAGGGACUUUCUCCUUAACAGCAGAAGAAUCCAAUCUUGCUUGGUCUAUUGUAAAUGACCAUUACAUGACCGAUUUACCUCUCUUCUAUGCACCCCAUACCAUUGCCAUCAUGGCUAUUCUUCUAGCUCUAGUACUUCGCCCGAAUGCGACUGGUAUCCAAUCUGCUAGUGGUUCCUCAGCUAGCAACAUCGCAAGUGCUGCGCAAGCUGCAUUAGCGACCGCUGGUCAAGCGAAGGGCGGGACUCCUGAGAAGCAAGGAGGAAGAACGAAAGUUCAAAGAUUGGCAAGCUGGCUCGCAGAAAGUACUAUCGAUAUCGAAGCGAUAGUUGAUUGCACGCAAGAAAUGAUAUCAUUUUAUGAGGCUCAAGAGCAAUAUAAUGAGAAGCUUACCAGGGAGCAGAUCAAUAGAUUUAUCAAAGCUCGAGGUUUGGAUAAAUGA